AAGAAUUACCACACAAAAGAGGAAAAAGGAAAAAAGAAAAGGUAAACUAUAAAUAAAACAAGAAUAAAGAAACAAGGAACAAUCAGCCCAACUGUAAAAACAAUUAUGUAGAAACAGACGAUAUAUAUAAGCACUGAGUUGAACAUCAGAUGCUUCCUUUCGAGAUUCAACGCACCCAGAAAUUAUCAACCCUAAGUCCAAUCAUCUCGCCAUUAUUUGGGAAUUAGCUACUCUUUUCACUAUUUUUUCAGUGCUGCAAGAGGAAGAUUGCAUUCAAUUGAUAUUACUCGCUGACAGCAUGAGUCUGGCAUGUCUCGUAUGCCAUGGCGUAGAGAGUCCAUCACAUUCUUUCAGAAGCUACUCCGUAUCAAGCUCAGACAACGAAGGGAGAUGCUCGGCCAUUGCAAGUUGCUUGGCCAGGAACACACUCCCACACUCUAGAGCCAAUCAUGGCUUCACAUCUUCUAAGGUGAUGCCCCAACCUAUUCCGAGCACCGGCGUUGCAGGCGCUCCACGGCUGGUCCGGAGCCAUGCUGUUAGAAGGGACAUCGUGAGAGACUGGAACUUUGACGAAGUACUCUUGGAGCGUUAGGCCAAAGCUCAAGAACGAGGAACUGCUCAAGGACAAAGACUAUGGAUAGCUUCAAAGCUCGAAUAGAGUGCUCCCAAGAAUUGGAGGUCGACCUCUCGCCCCCUUCAUUCUCUUUAUGUUGUUUCCUAGUUGAUGAUAUUCACGUGUAGUGAGUAUUUUUGAGCAUUUGUAACCCUACAUCAAAUCCCCCCGAGACCAUCUGUUUAUAGCUUUCUUUUAGAUUUUUUCUUUUUUUGGUAUUGUUGCCGCGGAUUCUCUCCUUCUAUUUUAGUAUCGUCAUCUUUGAUCUAA